AAAUUGAUAGUUGUGAUGCUUCAUCUACCAUCACCCACUGUGUUGAGGUUCUCGGCCUUUUUGGAUCUACACAGUGGAAGUUGCAUCUUGUGUAUGGCGUGGUUAAGCUUGCAGCCUGUCACCUCGGCCUUCCUCCAUUUUGGGCUGGUUACUUUUGUGCUGUUUUUGCAUGGUUUGCAGGUGGAUGCUGGCCUGACGGGAGACUCAACCAGUACAGUACAAAACAGCUCGUGUUCAGGAUCUUUUGACUGCAAGGAGGGUGUUAUCCUGCCAAUAUGGUACCCAGAAAACCCAUCCCUUGGGGACAAAAUUGCCCGUGUUAUCGUAUACUUUGUAGCACUGAUCUACAUGUUCCUUGGAGUCUCCAUCAUUGCAGAUCGUUUCAUGGCAUCUAUAGAGGUCAUUACGUCACAGGAGAAAGAAAUAACAAUUAAGAAACCCAAUGGAGAGACCACAACGACCACCAUUCGGAUUUGGAAUGAAACUGUUUCCAACUUAACCAUGGCUCUGGGCUCCUCUGCUCCUGAGAUCCUCUUGUCUCUGAUAGAAGUGUGUGGGCAUGGAUUCAUAGCUGGAGACCUGGGGCCAUCUACAAUUGUUGGCAGCGCUGCUUUCAAUAUGUUUAUCAUCAUUGCCAUCUGUGUCUAUGUGAUCCCUGAUGGGGAAACCAGGAAGAUAAAACACCUGAGGGUUUUCUUUGUCACAGCUGCAUGGAGCAUCUUUGCUUACAUCUGGUUGUACAUGAUCCUUGCUGUCUUCUCUCCAGGAGUGGUUCAGGUUUGGGAAGUGCUCACGCUUUUCUUCUUCCCACUUUGUGUCGUUCUGGCUUGGAUAGCGGAUAGACGUCUGCUUUUCUACAAGUAUAUGCACAAAAAGUACCGUACUGAUAAGCACAGGGGCAUUAUCAUAGAAUCAGAAGGUGAUCACCCUAAGGGAAUUGAGAUGGAUGGCAAGAUGAUGAACUCUCACUUUCUAGAUGGGAACUUAGUGACUGUGGAGGGGAAGGAGGUAGAUGAAUCUCGCAAAGAGAUGAUCCGGAUCCUAAAGGACCUGAAGCAAAAGCACCCAGAAAAGGACUUGGACCAGCUGGUGGAGAUGGCCAACUACUACGCCUUGUCUCAUCAGCAGAAGAGCAGAGCCUUUUAUCGCAUUCAAGCAACCAGAAUGAUGACGGGAGCUGGCAAUAUUCUGAAGAAGCAUGCAGCUGAACAAGCCAAGAGAACCACUAGCUUGCAUGAGGUACGGCCAGAGGAACCUGAGGAAUUCAUCUCCAAAAUUUAUUUUGACCCAUGCUCCUACCAAUGUCUUGAGAACUGUGGUGCCGUUCUCCUGACAGUGGUGAGGAAAGGAGGGGACAUGUCCAAGACCAUCUAUGUGGACUAUAAAACAGAGGAUGGCUCUGCCAAUGCUGGUGCUGACUAUGAGUUCACAGAGGGGACUGUUGUCUUGAAAUCUGGGGAGACCCAGAAGGAGUUCUCAGUGGGAAUUAUUGAUGAUGACAUAUUUGAAGAAGAUGAGCAUUUUUUUGUGCGGCUCAGUAACCUCCGUGUGGUGGAGAGUGAGGAACCUCCAGAGCUCAGUAACUCUCCGUACCCGAAGGCCAUAUUGGCUUCUCCUUGUGUGGCCACAGUGACUAUCCUGGACGAUGACCAUGCUGGCAUCUUCACAUUUGAGUGUGACAUUAUACAUGUCAGUGAGAGCAUUGGUGUGAUGGAGGUCAAAGUCCUAAGGACAUCAGGUGCGCGGGGUACAGUCAUAGUGCCAUUUAGGACAGUAGAAGCAGCGAAAGGAGGCGGAGAAGACUUUGAAGACACUUACGGGGAGCUGGAGUUCAAGAAUGAUGAAACUGUGUAA